CUGUCUUCCUCUCCAUCCUCCCUGUCCUCUGAUUUCUGUCUCUGCUGCUUUCACUACAUUCUCUUUCUCUUUCCCUCUGGCUUUAAACCUUUUUUUUCUUCAAUUCACCUGCUGUUUGGCCUGUUCAAGAAGGCUGCCUGGAAACUCAGUAUAUUUCUGCUCUUUUCUUUUUUUUUAUCACCAGCCUGUUCACAUUUUUCUAUGAGGCUCUAGCAUCAGUUUUUUUUUUAAUCACAGAAAGAAGAUGCCACGUUCCUUUUUGGUGAAGCAGCCGAAGGUUCACGAUUUCUCAUCUUCUAACUACUACCAUCAGCAGCAGCAGAACUGGGACGACUCUUACACUGUGACACAUGCCAUCACAGAGUCGGCGACCAACUUGGCGGUGCGUUUGAGUGAAAAUGGCUACAUCCACGAUUACAUCAUCCCCUCAGUGUUGCAGACCACAAAGGAGCCAGGUCAUGAGCAGGACGGGCUCUCCUCAAUGCCCCUGUACUCCCCAGGUGGCAGUGGCGGGGAAGAGUUCUCCGACCAUGACAUGGAGCAUCCGGACAGUCCCGUUUCUAGUGGCACAGUCGAGUCAGACAGUAGCAGCCCUGAGUUGGAGGCGUGCGACAUCAACACCUUCCUCAUCUCUGACGGCCGCUCCCGCCAUAGGCCGAACAAGAGGUGUCCACGCAAAGGAGGCAGCCAAUCGGACAGCAGUGAGGGUAUCGGCUCGGCAGACUGCAGCCCCACCAAAGGGAAAUCCAAAGGGCGCCACAUGUGCGGCGAGUGUGGCAAGUCUUACGCCACGUCUUCCAAUCUGAGCAGACACAAACAGACGCACCGCAGUCUGGACAGCCAACAGGCAAGGAAGUGUCCCACCUGCCACAAGGUGUACGUGUCCAUGCCAGCACUGGCCAUGCACAUGCUGACCCAUGACCUGAAGCACGAGUGCACGGUGUGCGGCAAAGCCUUCAGUCGACCCUGGCUCCUGCAGGGCCACAUGAGGUCCCACACUGGGGAGAAACCGUUCGCCUGUGCCCACUGUGGCAAAGCCUUCGCCGACCGCUCCAACUUGCGCGCCCACAUGCAGACGCACUCGGCCUUCAAGCACUACUCCUGCAAACGCUGCCACAAAAGCUUUGCACUCAAGUCAUACCUGAACAAGCACUACGAGUCGGCCUGCUUCAAAGGGCACCAACCAGAGGACGACAGCAGCUCUGAGGACUGAUUGGGAUAUAUUUAUCUUUUUCAUUUCUAUUUCUAUACUUUGUAAUAGUUCCUACAACAAAGUGAAAAGAAGCUUGCCACUUCUCAGGCUUGUCACAUGCAUGCAUCAUAAUCCUGCCUUUUGAUAUAAGCAAUAACCUCACUUGAAAUUAUUCAGGAAUUAUGUAUGAAAUUCAUAAAAAUCUCAGUGUUGAUCACAAAUAUACAAUAUUUAUAUUGUUUUUUAUCAAUUGAAUUGCAAUAAUUUAGUAUUAUUUUAUAUGACACAUUUUACCUCACACAUAUCUUAUUUGUUAAAAAAAUUAUUUGUGUAUUUAUUAAUUUAUUUUAACUAUUUAUUUGCCCAUUUUGAAGAUUAUUUAUUUAUUAUUGGUUGAUGUAUUUGUGAAUUUAACAUGGAUUUAUUAGAAGCCAUGUAUUGGAUUUGUUGAAAACAAAAGCCAAUAUAUAUUCUGACACUAUUUCUCUGUCUGAUCAAUUUGGUGAUGACAAUAAAACUGAUGAAAAUAAAUAAUUACUAAAG